AUGCAUCCAAAGGGUCAACUGUUAGCCGUUCGGCUUGCGGCUGUGGCAGGAGUAGUUGCUUUGCCAAGCAGGACUCAACAAUCCGCCCUACACCGUCCCAUUCUGAACGUGGAGCUCGGGCCGCGCCCCGAGUUCCUUGUCAACGACAUGGAUGAAGGGUGGCUCAAGGAUCGCCUGUCCUCUUGUCUAGAGAUGGAGAUGCAGCCUACCAAGUUCUCAAUCGGGCACCGAGGUGGAGGUUGCUUGCAGUUGCCUGAGGAGACGCUUGAGUCCAUUGUGGCUGGCACGCGCAUGGGCGCCGGAAUACAGGAGUGCGAUGUCGCCUUUACUAGCGAUUUGGAACUGGUCUGUCGGCACGACCAGUGUGACCUGCACACUACAACGAACAUUGUUGCCACCGAGCUGAAUGCUAAGUGUACGCAGCCGUUCACGCCAGCAGGCAAUGGAACCGCCGCCACGGCCAAGUGUUGCACCAGUGACAUCACGUUGGCCGAGUUCAAGUCCCUUUGCAGCAAAAUGGACGGCUUCAACGCGUCGGCUACCACGCCAGAAGAUUUCCUCGACGGUACAGCAGCAUGGAGAACUGACCUAUACUCGACAUGUGGUACCGUGCUUUCACACAAGGAUUUCAUCGGUCUUGUGGACCAACUCGGCCUGGACUUUACCCCUGAGCUCAAGACACCCCCUGCAGCUGUGCCGAUGCCGUUCAAUGGGUGGUUCACCCAGGAGAAAUUUGCUCAGAAACUGGUGGACGAGUAUCGUGAGGCAAAUAUCGACUUCAAACGCGUCUGGCCACAGAGUUUCCUGUUCGCUGAUGUUGCGUACUGGAUCAAGAACGAGCCAGAAUUCAGCAAGCAAGCACUACUCCUCGACGAAAGUGGCGAUACCCCUGCAACCUUUCCCGGCGCCAUUGCCAACUUGUCGUUCUACAAGGACUCAGGGGUCAGGAACGUUGCGCCCCCCUUGCCAUACCUGGUCACGCUGGAUGACAACAACGAGAUCAUCCCAAGCGCAUAUGCGAUAGAGGCAAAACGACUGGGCCUGGACAUAGUCACUUGGUCUCUAGAGCGGUCUGGGCCACUAGCCAAAGUUGGAAACGGCCCGGAUUACUACUACUCAACCAUAUACAAUAGCACCAAGAAUGAUGGGGAUAUAUACAACCUAGUGGAUGUUCUAGCCAGGGAAGUUGGUGUUAGGGGCAUAUUCUCGGAUUGGUCAAGCACGGUUACGCUAUAUGCAAAUUGUUUCGGUAUUUUCCCCUGA